GAUCCUCAAAACAAUAAUCAAUCACUGUGCUAGAAGCUAAUCUAGCUGUAUAACUUCCUUAUUGUUCUAUCUAUUAGAGUUACUGAUAGAUAGUCUCAUCUCUACAUGGGAGUUCCCAGCUAGCUCUACGCACAGGACCACUGUCCAUGCGACACGACCAACUGAGAAGUCAGAACGAACAACAGCCUCAGUUCCAUCACAACCAGAUCUGGUAAACAGCCAUUCAUAUCCCAGCAUGGAUCUCCGCAAAAAAAAAAGGAAGGUCCUCUUAAUGGGUAAGAGUGGCUCUGGCAAGUCGUCAAUGCGUUCUAUUAUUUUCAGCAACUAUGUUGCAAAGGAUGUGCGCCGAUUAGGUGCCACCAUUGACGUGGAACACAGCCAUGUGAAGUUUAUGGGGAAUUUGACACUUAAUCUAUGGGACUGUGGAGGACAAGACGCCUUCACGGAAACAUACCUCGGCGGCCAACGAAGCAACAUAUUCUCCGACGUCGCCGUCCUGAUCUACGUCUUUGACAUUGAAUCUCGUGAAGUCGAGCGCGAUCUCGACACCUAUAACGCCAUCAUCGAAGCCCUACACCAACACAGUCCCAGCGCCCACGUGUUCUGUCUAAUCCACAAACUCGACCUAAUCCAAGCCGAACAUCGCCAACGCAUCUACGAAGAAAGAUCGAACCUGAUCCGCCAUCGCUCAAACCAUUUCGAUAUCGAUACCUUUGGGAGCAGUAUCUGGGAUCAAUCGCUGUACAAGGCCUGGGCGGGGAUUGUGCACAAACUUAUUCCGAAUCUAUACGUGAUUGAGCGCUUUCUCAGCGCGUUUGCGACCAAGAUUGAUGCAGAGGAGGUUAUCCUGUUUGAGCGAUCGACCUUUUUGACAGUUACGUCGUUUGCGUCUGAAGUCGGAAGUUUGAAUCCGAUUUACGAUCGUCACGAGCGACUGUCGAAUAUCAUGAAGGCAUUCAAACAUUGCGCGGCUCGGAAUACGCAUACUACCCCGGCUUCGGCUGGGUUUUUGGUCAUGCAUACCAAGACACCGCAGUUUAACGUGUUUCUUGGACGGUUUACGGACAACACGUAUAUCUUUGUCGUUGUGCCGCCUGGCGAAGCGGCCUACAAUUGCGCAGUGUUGAAUACAAUGUUGGCUCGAGAAGGGUUUGCAAGGGCAGCUCAGUCAGGACAUGGCGGCGACGGGUUUCCUCUACCCAUGUCUACGUCUGCUACAUCGCAUUCCAAGGGACACAAUGCAUCGUCAACAGCGCAAUACGGAUCUUUGCGCGAAUAACAGUACGAUAUGAAUGACAACGGGGAAGAUGUUCGAUAGAUUCGCAAUUUCCUUUUUCCUGCCUGUUGGAUUACGUGGUCCUGGUGGUUUGAUUUAUUGAGUGCUCUUCAGUGUUCAGCGAAGGCGUUGCAUUGAUUUCACGAAGACUUCUCGGUGUGAAUGUCGGUAUGAAUUUGAUAAAUCCGGUG